GUAAUUCCCGGGAAACCCCACGAGACAUGGUGGGCGCGAGAUAGAAACUGUAGCGCGAGACCUGCAUGUUGCUACAACAAUAUCAUUUUUGUUUGCAGAAAACCAAAAAUAUAUAGACCCAUAUAUCGCAGAAGCGAACGACUACCGUAAUAGUUGUUUUGACUCUGGACUUCUAUGAACUGAGCUGACGCGGUAGACGCGUAGCCUACGCUAUAUUCUGGAUUUUGUCGGGUACCUCGGGACUGCGGCGGUGAAAUGUCCUGGUGGCCUCGCGGGGAGGAUGGUGAGGAGACACUCUAUCCAGACACCGACUCUGAUGUGGCGGAACAGCGCGAGAGCGGGAAGGUCAGUGUCAAGUGGAUGCGGGAGGAGGAUGAGAACCUGAAGACUUUGGUUCAGAAUCUGGGGCAGAGUGACUGGAAGGCCAUCGCCAGCUUCUUCCCGGGUCGCACAGAGUACCAGUGCCAGUACCGUUGGGCCAGAUUCCUGAACCCAGAUCUGGUCAAGGGGCCCUGGACCAAGGAGGAGGAUGAGAAGGUGAUCGAGCUGGUGAGCGUGUACGGCACCAAGCAGUGGAGCAUGGUGGCCCGGCACCUGAAGGGCCGCCAGGGCAAGCAGUGCCGCGAGCGCUGGCACAACCACCUCAACCCCGACGUGAAGAAGUCCUCCUGGACCGCCGAGGAGGACCUCAUCAUCUACAAGGCCCACUGCGUCCUGGGAAACCGCUGGGCCGAGAUCGCCAAGCUGCUGCCCGGCAGAACGGACAACUCUGUGAAGAACCACUGGAACUCCACCAUUAAGCGCAGGGUGGAGCUGGGCUGCUACGCUAAAGACGAAAACGUGCCUUUGGCUGUGGCGUCACUGCUGGAGCAGGGCGAAGUCACCACCUACCACGACACUGACACACAGGUAGAAUUCCAGUGUGAUGUUGUCUUGGACACGGACCCAGAACCAGAUUUUAUCGAGCAGACGAGACACACGAGGGAUUCAAUGGGACAGAAGGCAAGGCCCAAGUUGAAAAAGAAUCAGUUUUCCUCUAAACUGAAGGCCGUUGUCUUGCCGUCGCCUCCUGUGGUCAAAGAGGCUAGCAGCCCACCUGCUAGCAGCAGCACUCCCACCUCCACCUGCAGUUCUGCUCCAGGCUCCGCCUCCAGCUCCCAGCAGGCUCGGCAGAAGAGCGUCACGGAGGCCAUGUUGAGGAUGCUUGCGGAGGACAUGCUGCCGCUCAGCUUCGUGGAAGGGUCGGGGUUCCGGAGCUUCAUGUCGGUGGCGGUGCCGUGGUACCCCAGGCUGUCCCAGCGCACCGUGGGGCUGAAGCUGUACGACGAGGUGGAGAAGGUGGUGAAGCCCCACCUGAUCCGAGAGCUGAAGCUCUGCAUGGCUGUGGGCGGAGGGGACGCCGUGGUUCACGUCAUCCUGGACCUGUGGGCCAGCCAGUACGCUGAGCCCGUCAUCGCCGUGCAGCUGCACUUCAUCGACCAGCACUGGAACAUCCACCGCCCCACGGUGGCCUUCCGCCACCUGAGCCGCAAGAACGUCCCGGCGGCAGUGGCCCGGGAGCUGGAGGCGGUGCUGCUGAGCUACGGCCUCUUCCCCCACAACAUCGGCUACAUCGUCACCAACGAGGCCAAGAACACCAUCGCCACCAACGACCUCUUCUGCAACUACAAGAUCAUGUGCUCCCCUCAGAAGAACGACCCGGACGAGGAAGAGCUGCUGGGUUUCCUCGGCGACUGCCUCCCCGCUGAAGACUUUUCGGAGAUCCAGUUUGGCACGCGGGUCAGCUGCAUCACCCACCUCCUGCAGCAGGUCAUCAAGGAGGCGCUGAGGAACUCGCGCGUGGUGGAGAACCUGCUGUCGCAGGUGCAGAACGUGGUGGCCUUCUUUCGGCGCAGUGCGUACUGGAACGAGGUCCUGGGGAAGGAGUGUGGCCUGUCCCUGGCCUCGCCCCACAGCACCAGCAACUUCCGCUGGAACUCCACCUUUGUCUCGGUGCGCAGGAUGGUGCAGGAGUCGGUUUGGGGCUCGGUGAUGACUCUGCUGGCCCAGGCGCGCAUCGAGGCUAAGGACUCGUCCAGCUCACCCCCCAUGGUGCGGGCCAAGCGGGAGCAGGUGGUGGACAUCAUCGGCCUGCUGGAGCCCUUUGAGGAGGCCAUCCAGGUGCUGCAGGGUGAGGGCGUCACUUUCUCGCUCGUCAUCCCCUCGCUCAUUGGCCUGGACAAAACGCUGGAGACCAGGUCCACCAAUUACACGCACUUCUGCAAAGGUCUGCGGACUGGCCUGCACGCCCACUUCCAGCCCUUCAUCCUACAAAGGGACCUGAUCCUGGCCACCACUCUGGAUCCCCGCUUCAAGCUCCAGCCCUUCCAGGAUGCCAAGCAGGAGAUGGACUGCGCCACCCUGGCUGCCCCUUCCAAAUUCCAGGCCCGGACGGUGGUAGAGUCGGCCAUGAGCGACUUGGAUCACUGGAACGCCACGGAUGAGGUCUGCGUCAAGCAGGAAGACCUGGAGCACUCCCAAGAUGACCCCGAUCCAGCCCCCAGCUCCCACUCCGCCAGCGGCAACAUCAAGCGCAAGAAGAUCUUCAGCUUCUUCCAGCCAGCGGCUAAGAGCUUGAAGCUGUCCGAGCUGGACCUGUACCUGGCCGAGCCGCUGCUGGACGGCGACAGCUCCACCCAGGCCUUCUGGAGAGAGGCCUUCCGCUUCCCGCAGCUCCAGAGCCUGUCCCGAAAGCUGCUGGUGGUUCCCGCCACCUCCGGGGGCUUCGACCGCCUCUUCCCCCUGGCCAGCUGCAUCGUUCGGGCCCGGAGGAGCAAACUGCCCCCCCACACCACCGAGCGGCUCCUGCUCUACAGAGAGUCCCUCAAGCUCAAGGCAGGGAAGUAGCACAGCCUUGGCUUUCCCUCCGUACGCAGUGCACGCUGCCAUCUCUCCUUAAUGACAGUCCCUUCCCAAACUUCCUGUUGACUUCAGAAUCAUACCGUUUGCCCCAUUUCGGUUUAAAAGUGACUCCAACCUCUGACUUGCAAGGUGCCCUUAAGGACAGCAGUGUGAGGGGUGUUGUGUUGUGACAGAGUCCCUACGUAAAGCAGAUUUACCUCACGGGGAAUUUAAAGGGCAACCGUCUCGCAUUCCUUAUUUUUCCAUGAGGCUUGGCUGGCCGAUAGUCCUAAAAUGGCACCUUCUUGAAUUCACUUGGAUCUGUUUACAAAGAUGCGGUGGGGAAAAAACAAAUGUUUUGUGUUUUGUAUUAUUAUUUUUUUGAUAAUCAGCUGUUGUAAAAAAAGAAAAGAAAAAAAUGCUGAAUUUGUCAGGGCUGAUGGUGUUUAUUUUUCACUGUUUAUAUUCAUGUUUUGUGGCUCAUCUACUUUAACGCUGAAGGACCUUGAUUAUACCUUAAUAUAUUCUAUUAAAAUACAUUGGGCGGAUAUUGCAAAACUUCAUGGACAAAUACAGAAAUAAUUUCAACUUUCAGUAUGUUUUAAAGAACUCUUUACUCUGAAGUACUCAAUGCCCAUAUAUUUACAACACUGUAUUGCAGUAUAUUACAUUUUCUGGAUGUGGUUUUUACAGAAGUGAAUCUUCAUAUGGAUACCAGUUCAGUUUUUUAUUUCUCUGUCCUUUUCCGUGCUCUAAUCAUGCUGUAAUAGAAAACAGAAGGCAGUAAGGCUUGGAAGUGUCACUGUAUAGGCUUGUAUCGUGCUGUCAUCUAAUAAGUCUACCUCACUUUA